AAAAAAUAAAACCUAAUAUCAUAUUAUCAAGAAUAUCCAUUAAAACAAUCAUUUUUGGGGUAUUUUUUGAAAUGAAAAGCUUCUCAUUUAAAGGCUUUUGCCGCUUUUGCGGCCGCCUGCCUUUUGCUGGCCACCCAGGCCGAAGCUUAUACUAUGGACGACAUGUGUGCUCAGUGGUCGGGCACGGGAUAUGUUGGCAAUCCUACCGAUUGCACCAGCUGGGGAUACUGCAAAAAUCAGCAGCUUGUGGCCACAGGUACCUGUACCAAGGGCGAGGUCUAUGAACCGCAGUCGCAGUCUUGCCAAUACGCUUCCACCACGCCGUGCACCACCAGCGCAAAAGAGACAUGCUCGGCACUGAAAACUGCCGGCUUUGUGGCAGAGCCUUCGGACUGUACCAAAUAUACGUAUUGCUUUGGCAAUGGUAAAUCCGAGACUCAAACCUGCCCAACUGGUCAGAUGUAUGCUGCCAAUAAUAACUCCUGCGUUUGGGGUCCAACAUGCCCUCAGGAUACACUCUGCCGCUUCAUGCCGAACAAUAUUUUCGUCGGUGAUCCGACCAAUUGUAAUCAAUAUCUGCAGUGCAUCAAUGGCUACGGAGUAUCGGGAACUUGCCCAACAGGUUUUCCUUACUAUAACGCUGUUAACAAUGUUUGCCAAAAAACUAAUACAUGCACAGGCAAUAAUAAUGGCGGUGUAACCACAAGUACUCCACCUGUGACAAAUAUUGCAUGCACAGAUGCUAAACCUUUUACUAAAGAUGGAGCGACUUGUUACGGAUACCUAUACUGCGCUGACGGCGCGGAAGAAUCUGUUUGGGGAUCGUGCCCCUUUGGAUUGGAAUUUGAUGAAGACGCUCAAGCAUGUAUAUCUCCCGCGGCCACCGUUUGUGCAUUUGAUCGCUGUCAAAACACGAAUCUAACAUACGCAGCUGUUGCGGGGUCAGAUUGUAGAAAGUAUACAUAUUGCCCGGCUAAUACCGUGGGCACUUGCCCAACAGACUUUCAAUAUUUUGAUGAGGUAAUCGGAAAAUGUGUUGGGACUCAACCCACACAGGCUAUUUGUACAGAACCACUACCUACUUCUACUGAUUAAGUAGCGCCCAAAUAAGAGUAAACUAUUGACGAAACCGAUGAAAUUUCCGUUUUUAACUGUUGCCUUAAAUUGUAUGUUCGUAAUUAAAUAUAUUGCUAAAUUAAAGCGCAUAUAAAUAAA